AUGCUCUACGCACUCGACACCACCGCUAUCACUGGCCUCCCGGCCCCAUCCCCGCCUUCGGGCAUCGACCAGGUCAACCUUCCAUCGUUCUCUGGCGCCGAUCUGUGGUCUGCUGUCAAGUCUUGCCUCAGGCCCUCGUCAGCUAUCACCACCCUCGGGCUUGGUGCUUGCCUCAGGCCCAUGCUUGGACGAGACCUUGAGCCUUCAUCCAACAGUUCUGCUCUCGUUGGCGACCAGGACGACGUGCCCGGUACUAUUAUCAGGAUGAUCGCUCCAGCGAUUGUCCGUUCUCCGGCGAAGAAAACUCAGGUCCUCAUUCUUCCUCUGGCUCCUCUCCGACCGAAGGCGUGGACCGCGACCUUCGUCGACCCCGAGGACGCUCCCUCCGACGAUACGGACGGCUCCGACUCUGACUCUGACUCUGAUGUCGCUACCAAUCUCUGGUCGAAAUCAUCCGCCCACAGCAGCACCACCUCGCUCGGCGACGAUCUCGAGUUCGCCCCUUUGAACCUCGUUGUCAAGAAGUCUAUCCCCGCUUUCCGUGGCCUGACGGUCGAGAGCGUGAGUCUGUUGGACGUCGCGAACGUCCAUGGUGUAGUCGACGAUAAGGAGAGCUCGCCGUUGUCGGAAGCUCCCCUUCACAUCUCACACUUCGUCGAUACCGAGGAUACCCAACCCGCCGCCCCCGAUGAUAUCAUCGACGCUCGUGCAUCGCUCGUGGAUACGUGUAUGGUUCGAGUCGCGGAGACAGUGCUCAAGGCUGACGACAACGAUGAUGAAGACGAUGAAGAGGGUGACUGGGAUGAGUGGGACCAGUUGAUGGCGGAGGUCGCCGUCGACGCUGGGAUCCCUAGCGCAUGCGACAGUUCCUUCGAUCUUGAGCAAGCCGCCUCUGGCCUCACUCUUGCCACCGCCACAGACAUCCCUGCCGUCUUCGACGUCACCUCAGUCUGGGAGGACUUCGAGAUCGCAUGCAAGCCACUGGCUUCCACCUCUAUCUUCGUCAUCGUGCCAUCGGGCUCUGAAAACGGCGUCGACGUCAUCGACAGCGUCAUUGGAUGCUCCAGCGACUUCAUUCAGGUCGAUGAAGGGAUUUCGAAGGUUAAGGACGAGGAAGCCGAGGGCCGAUCGGCAUUGAAUGAAUUCACCGCCCCGAUCGUAUCCGGCGAAGAGCGUGCGGAGGGUUCGGAUGUCUGCAGGGAUUGCAAGGUCUCCGUCGCCAACCAUUCGACUGUCUCGACCAACAUGCUCGCCGCACUGCGCGUUUCUACAUCGUACUACAUCCUCGAGAGUAGGCUCAAAGAGGCCGAAGAAAACAAGAAAAUCAAUACAUCUACGCACGAGGUUGCUCUGAACGAGGCCGAUAACGAUGACGAAGGAGAGGUUGAGUGUAUUCUUUUUGAGGAGGAUGUUAUCAUUUCUUACGAGGAGCCCAUCACGGAGCUCGCUCCAAAAGUUGAAGAUGAGGACGAGGAAGACGAGUACGCGGUCGAGGAGAUGUUGAUGGACGAUGCUUUCGCCGUCGAAGACUCCAACACAAUCGAGCUGCCUAUCCCUGGUCCCGCCAUGGUAUCGUCAUUCGCCGGCAAGGCUGGAAAGUCCUGUAACGAGGAGUCUGAGGAAGACGACGACGACGACGACGACGACGACCGUGCUCUCCACCAUUCCUUCGAUACGCACAGCACUUAUGCGCCGCACCAAGUCAACAAGGACAGCUGCAUCGUAGCUACGAAGACCAACCUCGCGACCAGGGUAGCAAACACCCUCCUCUACUUCGAAUACCUUGCCAUCCUCACGAUCUUCGAGCUACUCUCCCAUGUUUGCCUCGCCACAUUCACCCUGGCACUGCGAGUCGUCCCAACCAUUUCGACGGUAGUGGCCAUUAUGCGGUCCCUGGUCCAGAUCGUCGUUUUCUUGGUGUUUGUCCUCUGGUGCUUGAUGCUCGUCGAUCCGGGCUCACCGGGUGCGCAGUACGGUGGGCAGAGGGGUUACUUGGUGGCGACAUAGGGCGUGGAGGCGCAAGAAGCAUGGGUGAUUAUCUGAAUGUGCUCUGACUUAUCUGUGGCGACGAUGAAUUCUUGAUUCCUUUCGACAGGAUGUUCUGACUCUUGAGGCGACGACUAUGAAAACUCGAAAACAACAAAAACAUCGUAAAACAACAAAACUAUCCGGCUCUGCAAUAUUUGCGACUCUGUUCUCCGCUACGCCACCUACGGCGCACGUUUUUCGUCCUCGAUCCACGCUACUCGUGAUCUAAUUUUUUCGACUAUCGACACACUCUACACAAUCUUUCAACUAUCGCUACACGCUUUACAAUCUUUCAACUAUCGCCACACGCUAUACGGCGCCCAUUUUUCGCCCUCGAUUUGCGCUACUCGUGAAUUACUCUUUCGACUAUCGCCACACGCUAUCUUCCUAUAUUCCGAUGGCUUGGACGAUAUACACUAAUGGACUUUGGACAUAAUCUUCAUCUCUCGCCAUCGUGGCGAUAUACCCUAAUGAACAAGGACAGUGGAUCGGAUUUCGACUUCAACCUCUCUUUUGCCUUCCUCGGAGGAUUGCGCCAUAUACCCGUGGACCAGGAUACCUGGUUGGACUUCAAUGCUUUUGGCUUCCGCACCGCCGGUCGGUCUCUUUCGUUUCGGAGAUGCAGUGAUGGAGAAGGAAGUGAGAGAAGUACGAGGAGGAUCGUGAGUGGGCGGGGAAUGACCCGCCCGGUGUUUCGUUUUAUCGGCUUCCGAGUCGAUACCUGGCCCUUCCACCGACCUCGAAACCGCCCUCAGAUCAACGCGCUGCCUUAGUUCACCAGCCCUUCAUCCCAGUCGCGUUGGCAGGAAUAUAUGGCGGUUUCGAACCUCGGAUUCGACAAACCUACGGAAUACAGCCAGGAGCAGGAACAGAAGUGGAGAUUAGACAAGGGAAAGGAACCAUAUUUGGGCAGGGAACGACCUGUCCCGCGGUUCUUUUUGACGGACAUUUCCCGUACAUACCGGACGCUCCACACCAACUUCGACGAUCGCCUUAGAUCAACACGCUGCCUAUUUUAUCAGCCCUUCAUCCCAGUUGUGUUGGCGGGAAUUAUGGCGAUCUCGAUCCUUGGAAUUACAUGAAUACCGGGAGCAAUUCAGGGACAGGAAGAGUCGAGGGUGUAGGGAAGGCGUUGGGAUGGGUAAUGGGGGUGGCUUGUGCAUUGUGGUGUCGCAGACUUGUUGCAAUACACCGAAGAGCAAUGUACAGAGCUAGUAGAGAUUCCUGGAC